AUGGAGGAAUAAGAAAAUAGAUAACAUAAAAAAAAUGAAAAGCUUGAAAAAAGGAGAAAGAAAGAAAAAGAGAUUAAAAAAAAUAAGAAGAAACAGAAAAAAGAGUAACUCUUACUUAGAGGUGAAAAGCGUUCCAAGUUCUUCGCCUAAAAGGAUAAAAAAGAUAAAAACUUUAUAGAUAGGUAAAAGGUUCUGAAAACCUUUAAGUUAUUCCUUAAAAUCUAUUAAGAUGACUUGGAAGACUUUUUUUAGCUCUUUAAAUAAUUAGAUGAAGGUAAUGUUAUUGAAACAGCAGAUAUCGAAAAUCCUAAUAUUAGAACGACAUUACAAAAAUUCAUGAAGCAAUUAUAAUUAAAAAAUAGAGGAACAGAAUAAACACCUAUCUUUAAGAAAUUGUCUGACAUUAAAUUAGAACCUUAUGUUAGAGGUCUUUAUGACUAAGUCAUUCAAGAAGCUAAUUAAUAAAAAUUAUAAUCUGAUCUUAGUGAUCUAGAAUCAAGUAGAAGUUAAUCACCUUAAAAAUAAAUUAAUAAAGAAAAACAUGAGAAUUAAAAAUAAUAAGUAAGUGAAAAAGAUUAAAAUCUGAAAAAAUAAUAAUUGAAAAUUAAAGAAUUAAAGGAAGAAGUUUAUUAAGAUAAAAAAUAUAAUAGAAAUUAAGUUAGAAAUUCUCUGUAUGCUGAUUUUGAAAUUAAACCCAAAAAGCAACUUGAAAAUACUCAAUAAUUAGAUUCAUUUUUGGAAGAUUAAUUUUCCAAAGUAGAAUAAAAGAAAUAGCCUAUCAAAGACUAAAAUAUUAGAAAGAAAACUAAAAUUGAAUCAGACACUCUAGUCAGUUAAUCUAAUCAAAAUUAAACUAAUACUAAUGAAAAGAAACAAAAUAAUUUUAUAUGUAAAUAUUUUCUAUUUAUUUUAAGAGGAAUAAAUUAUUAGAAAAGAUUUCAAUCGAAAAACUAACUUAGCGUAAGAGAAUUAAACAAAAGAUAAUCUUUUUAAGCUGUAAAUAUAAAAUUAGUUCAUUUGA